GGCACUAUAGUUUUGGAAGCAUGUCGGAAACCAUAUCUAAUGACGUCAUUUCUCUUGGUUUGCCGGCUUCCCUGUACGUAGUUUUGUCAGCCCUCUUUGAUCGAAAACCGGUAGCCAUUACGUUGCAUGUUGUGAAUGAAAUAGAGAAUUGAUGUGGACGGUUUCGUUGGUGUAAUUUAGUCCGAUUAUGCGAGUGAAACAAGAAAUCAUGGACAAUGACGACAAAGGCAAGCUGUUUGUGGGUGGACUCAGCUGGGAAACAACACAAGAGAACUUGCAGCGAUACUUUACCCGGUAUGGAGAGGUGAUUGACUGUGUGGUGAUGAAAAACAGCGAGUCUGGUCGUUCACGUGGUUUUGGCUUUGUGACAUUUUCUGACCCAGCCAACGUGUCAUUGGUGCUGCAAAAUGGACCUCAUCAACUAGAUGGACGAACGAUUGACCCAAAACCAUGCAAUCCACGCAGCUUGCAAAAGCCAAAGCGAAGCAACAGCUACCCAAAAGUUUUCCUGGGUGGUCUGCCUUCAAACGUCACCGAAACAGACCUACGGCAGUAUUUCAACCGCUUUGGCAAAGUAAUGGAGGUGGUGAUAAUGUAUGAUCAGGAGAAGAAAAAGUCAAGAGGAUUUGGAUUUUUAUCGUUCGAGUCUGAUGAAGCCGUGGAACGAUGUGUAGCAGAGCAUUUCGUCAACCUGAAUGGCAAACAGGUUGAGAUCAAGAAGGCGGAGCCACGGGAUUCCAACAAGAUGGGGGAUGGCCCGCCCAACUCGUGGGGCCCGCCUCCGGGAGGUCCACCAAUGGGAAUGGGCGGGGGUAUGGGAAUGGGAGGUCCAAAUGGCCAGAUGGGUGGACCAAUGGGUGGCCCCAUGGGUCCAAUGGGACCACCAGGGAACAUGAUGCAGGGAUACCAAGGCUGGGGUACUCCUCCACAAACACAGUAUCCAGGCCAUUGGGGCCCCAACCCCUCGAAUCAGCCUCCGGUUAAUGGUUACGGAACACCAACUGGUCCCGGUGGGUACCAGGGGUGGGGAGCCCCACCAGGUCCUCAGGGCCAGCAGAUGCCACCCCCGCAGUGGGGGUCCAACUACGGAGGGCCGCCACAGCAGCAAGGUUAUGGUUCUUACGGGCCCCCACAGGCGGGACCGCAGUCAGGGUACGGGGGUAACUGGAACUGGAACAUGCCCCAGAAUGGGCCACCGGCACAAGGUGGCCCUCCUGGCCCGGCACAGGGCCCCGCCGGACCGCAGGGGGACAUGUACCCGAGAGGGGCAGCGCCUGGUCCCACGCCCCCAGCUGGCCCCGGUCCGGUGGCCCCUGGUGCCGCGGCAGCUGCCAAGACCCCGGGCAGUGAGUACGGAGGCUACGGAGCCUACAGCUAUGGUCAGCAGGAUGCUGGGACGUACGGCGGAGCAAGGACUUACGGAGCAGACGUGACAAGCCAAGCGGGGGCCGGCUAUGCUGCGCAUCCCCCAGUACCAGGUGCAGUUGCAGGUCGAGAUUCACCCAAUAUUUCGCGCAGCAUGCGAAACACGUCAGCGCUCGCACACCCAGCUGAGUCUGCAGUCAGCCGCUUACUCCCUCUCUCAUCACACAGUCUUGUUCGUGAACGUGGAACCUCUCACACCAGCACUCCGGGGGGCCAGGCUGAUGGGGCUGGCUCGGGCAGCUACACCGGCGGCCCGGGGCCCCAGCGCGGGGGCAACUACAGCCAACCAAGUGCCACGCCAAGCUUCCAUCCGUACAGGCGCAUGUAAUCGUCUUCUCUUCGACAAAACCUUCAUCAGUUUUUUAGACUCUUCACGUUAUUUUCAUUUUGAAAGUUUUGUAUGUGAUGUAUUAAUCUCCUUGGCUGGACUAGUGUAGUAGUUGAUGAUAGGAUGCAAGGUAAACAACAUAUUUGGUUGGCAGUUGUUUUAUAUUUUGAUUGACAGGGUGUUUGGCCAACUCCAACAGUUUGUUACUUGCCAUUAGAACCUGAACUGUACCAAUUUUUUUUUAAUUAAUUAAUAUUUUGGCCCUUUUGAAGUUUCAUAAUAGUUACCUAGAAAUCUAUAGUUACAAAUAUUCUCUGUAUUUUUGCUUGAGAGUACCAUUCUAUUAAAUGCGCUAGUUUAUGCUGAUUGAGGAAGCACGAAUAUGUUAAUUGUAACCCCUAGCACACUUUUGUUCUGGUUUAAAAUUGUGAGGAGUAAGUACACUUUUAAUUCACAUGUCACAUAAUGGGAGUAAAUAAUGAUAAAGCAUAUUUUCCAAUUCAGCAGAAAAAGUUUCAUGGUACGUAUAUGAUGUAUUUCAUUAAUGAAAAAGAUGUGUGUGUUAUAAUGAAUGUGGUAAAUUACAAGCGUUGUCAAUAAAUUUCCAAUUUGUUA